AUGCCCACCACCCACCACUGCCAGUGCUGCAACAAGAACGGCUUCUGCAAAGACCACCAAAUCCAGUGCAAUGUCCAUCCCAAAGUCUACUACUACCGCAGUGAUAGCACUGGAUACCCUAAGAACCAGCAGGACCCGAAGCCUCAGUGUCUGGAACUGGAUGCGGGCGAGGCUGCUAUAUUCCGAUCUGUUACUCUGCUGGCUAAGGGAGGUUAUAACACGAUCUGGCUCGUGAGACUGCAUGGUUAUUUCAAGGUUGACCAGUCAGGGUUCAAUGGUCAGGGCAAUUCCCACAUUGCCACACGCUCUUUUGACGAAUAUGUCCUACGCCUUCCUUGUGAAGAUGCCCUUCUCCCGCACCAAAUCACCAAUGACGUCGCCUUCAAGAAGUUCAUUGCCACAAAGCUCCCCCAUAUCCCAGUCCCACACGUUUUCUUCUAUGAAGCUACAGAUGAACAGAGCGCCUCUUUCAUAGCGGAGGAAUAUAUCGAUGCCACGCCUCUCAGCUCCAACUGGAUGACUCUAACAUUCGAGGAGAAAGAGUCUAUGGCAAAACAGCUAGCUAAAAUCACCGUCGAUCUUGCGGACAUUCCUUUUUCCAUGAUCGGUGGAUUGGAUCCUGACGACUUCCAAUCUGCCCCUACCGUUGAGGGUGCCAAGAUUUUUAAAGGGCGAUUCAAGCUUCACAGCAACCAGUACUAUCCCAUCGGACCUUACAGAACUACCAAGGAGUAUAUUCUUGCCUGCUAUGAACGAGAGAUUGCGUAUUACUCGCACGCAGAUACAGACGAUGUUGACCAAGAUCUGUUCCAGGAGGUCUCUGUCCCGGACUUCAUAAAACAGCUGCAGCAAAGGCGAGAUGCUCUGGCACAAAGCGACAUAUUGGAUGAGCCAUUUACGCUUGUUCAUGGGGACUUUCAUGGUCGCAACAUCUUGAGCAAGGGCGACCAAAUCCUGGGUAUCCUGGACUGGGAAUUUGCGGGCUCGUACCCUAUAAGUGAGACGCUGUCGGGUGGUGGCAUUGACGUCGUUGAUGCUGAUAACGAGGAGCUGGAUGAGGAAAACACCUUGUGGGAUCGGAAAAUCCGCGACUUUAUUCGUGAGGAGGCGCACGCAAGACAUUGGCAAGGUAGUAAGAUUGAUUUGCUGCUGGGGAACGGAAAUCUGGAGCUGGGAAGGGCAAGGGUUGAGAUGUUUCCUUAA